AUGAAUGGAAGGAUUGAAGCUGAAGCUAAUCCUCAAAAGCAGAUUAUUGUUGCUGAUAUUCCAGAUGCUGACGCUACAACUGAUCAACCCAUUCCAGACAUUGGUGACCAAUCAAUAACUGAUGACUAUGAAGGGUUUCUUCUUCUUGGUUUCAUGAAACAAGCCGAUGUUCCUCAAGGAACUGAUAGUGAUAUUGAAUCUGAAAAUGAGCAACUCAAUCCUCAAAAGUGGAAGCCUACCUUCUUAAGGAGAGCUUAUGAUGCUGAAGCUGGAAGCUAUUCUACUGCUGCUGGUGAUCUUUUAACAUCUCCUCCUAAAAAGAAAAGAAAUCUCAUCUUUAAUCUGAAUGAGUUAGCAGAAACAUGGACCUUACCUAUCGAGGAAGUCAAUAAGAUCUUCAAUAACAAUGUGGAAAAACAACACAUUAUUUCGGACCUAAAUGACCGAAUCGAAAGAAAGAAGUUUGGAGAUGCUUUGACUCGUAGAAGAAAGCCUGAUCCCAUCAUCAAAGUAAGAUGCCCCAAACCAAAGAACGAGUCAGUAAAGCUUCACUUGGUCAGAAAGAAGGUGAAAGUUGAAUACACUAAGGUUGUAUUUGCUCAUGAGCUAGUCAAAUUUGGCUAUAGCGAGUGGAUGCAAAUUCUAGAAAUCAUCAACAAAAAAAAGGGUGUUCAUGCUCAGGAGGUGAAGUUGGCAAUCUUACAUGUUUUCAACAAAGUAGAGAAAUUGAAUCUUGUGCUAUCCGCUGCUCCAUCAGCUAGUUCAUCUAUAUCAACCUCAUCAUGA